AAGCUGGAAAGUCCCUGACAGGCAGGCAGGCAGGCAGGCAGGCAGGGAGCAGAGCCGCCGCUAGUCUUUGUCAUUUUUAAAUGAGCUGAUUUUAAGGGUUUCCUUUCGCGUCGCCGCGUCUGCUUUUUGUGAAAUCCCUCCGACGUUGUUCCGGUCGUGAGUUUUAUUCAUUUCAAGUAGAUGCUCUCCCCUCUGCGAGCGCUAGCUGCUGUUAGCAGGCUAGCUCUUUGUGUGGCUAGCUGCUAGCUGAGGGAUGUUUUGUUGUUGUUGUUGUUGUUGUUGUUGAACUGAGCAGUCGUCCUGGGGUGGGGGGUGGGGGGGAGGAGAGGAUCAUCAUCAUCAUCAGCUGUGUGUGUGUGUGUGUGUGUGUGUGUGUGCAUCCUCGACGCCUUCUCCUCCGCUGACAUUAUCCGUAAGAAAAAAAAAAGUGGCCCUACAAAAACUAAACAAAACAAACAAAAAAAAGGAGAGUUUGACCGAAGAGGAAGGAGAUGGGAAACUGUCUGAAAUCUCCGACCUCGGAUGAUAUUUCUUUGCUCCAUGAAUCUCAGUCUGACCGGGCCAGCUACGGAGACGGUGCUGACCCCGACCAGGAGGCACCGCCCCCCUAUCAGGAGCAGAUCCAUGUGCCUGUCUACCACCCAACACCCAGCCAAGCCCGACUGGCCACUCAGCUGACAGAGGAAGAGCAGGUCCGCAUCGCCCAGCGAAUUGGACUCAUCCAGCACCUACCGAAGGGCGUGUACGACCCAGGACGAGAUGGCUCUGAGAAGAAGAUCAGAGAGUGUGUCAUCUGUAUGAUGGACUUUGUGUAUGGAGACCCCAUCCGGUUCCUGCCCUGCAUGCACAUCUACCACAUGGACUGUAUAGACGACUGGCUGAUGAGAUCCUUCACCUGCCCCUCCUGCAUGGAGCCUGUGGACGCCGCACUGCUUUCUUCCUACGAGACCAACUGACACACACACACACCAACAUAUACCCACAGACACCUGUGGACCAGACUGAACACACACACACACACACAUACAUAUAUACAAUAUGUACACAAUUGUACAUACACACAACUUCCAUCUUCCUAACCUGUAUCCUGGAUUAGUAAAGUGGUGAUAUAAAGCAGUGAUGGUGUAAAAGAUUUAGGAUGAACUUUGGUGUGUGUGUGUGUGUGUGUAAGAGAGAGAGAGAGCAUGCAUGUAUAAAUGUGUGCGUGGGCUGCACAAGUUCCUCAGUUGGCCUGCUGGACAGGAUUGGAGGAAUGAACAAAAGUGUUGGAGUUAAGGAUGAGCAGGAAGGAUCUGGAUUGAGGAAAGGAGGAUACAGAUGAGAGGAUACAAGUGUAAAGGGAAGUCAAGCGGAGUGGAUGACGGUUAACUGGUGUGAUUAAGAAACCUUUCCAAGAUCCGCUUUUAUAUAAACAAAUACACACACUUCCUUUAUUUAACCAUUUGACAGAAUGCAGGAGGAUGGACAUCUGACUACCGUCAUCAGGCUGCAGAUUGUGUUUGUUGGACUGCCGAAGCCUAAUUACCAUGUCAUACUGCGAGACAAAGGGAGAGAAACACCCUUCAGAAGAUCUGCCAGAUGCUUUGACGUGUCCCCACACGGAUCAUCAGCGUCAUGUCUGCUGCAAAAACUGCCACACAUGCAGAUAUGUGACUUAAGACUGCUAGAGAUGGACAUCAGAUUAAAGACUAUGAACAUCGGAUAUAUUCUGCAGACAUACCGCAGGCCUCCACUUGGCCUUGAGUUGUCUGUCUGUAUAGAUCUUUUAGGAGAAAACUGCGUUUGGUCAGUGGAUUGAUUGUCCUGUGGCUUUGUGAAAUCUGUUCUGUGUUUGUUCCGUCAUAAGUCAUAAGGGCUCCGUUGACACCGGUGUUUACCAACAAUACAUAUAUGGCAAAAGUAAAUACAGAGUAAAUAGUGUGUGCUUUAGUCACUAAUGUGAUGGAUAGCUGCUAGACUGUUGCUGUCAAGCUGUUGACUCUCAGAUCACUGGCUAAAGCACAAGCAGACCAGGUGAGAAACCAUUGAUACAAAUCAGAGAUAUUUGCACUUAUUAAUCAGACUCGUGGCAAGUGUUGACCAUGUGCAUUCAGCAUUAUGUUAGAGUAUGUCAUUUGCAUUACCUACAUUCUCAUUACCAUUGCAGUGAUCUGUAAUUAAAGCCUCUGUCUCUGUGGAUCAGGAGUGGACACAUAAUUUAUCACUGGUGACAUUAAUCAAACUACUGAAUUAGUCCCAACUUUGGCUUCCCCUGUUAUCGUUCAUAUAAUGUAAGAACAAGUCAAAGACAGAAAAAAAUACAGGCACAAGGCUGGGCUCAUUUAAUGCAUGUAUCAUGUCGUUCAUUUAGCAUCCUGUUUUGUUUGGACAGAACAGGUUCUAAAGCAAACACACUGUCUGGAAAAUCGUUAACGACAGUAAUGUGCCACUGUCACCAGGUGCAACUGGUGGAGAGUGAAUGUGGUUGACUUGCCUGUCAGAAAUAUGACUGAAGACUCUUUUUUUUUACCUGAUGGGGUUACAUUUCUAUCCAUUUUUUUUUUAUUUUCCUCACAUGAAGGUGAGGCUUCAAUCUAGAUGAUCUCGACACAUUUUCAAAUCACCUAAGUUACCCAGUUUACUAUUAAAGCACAAAUAAAUACACUUGUUCAGUUUUACUGUCCGUCUCCCUGCUAACUCUGACCUGUAGGUGAGUUGGAAGACUUUGAAUUAUGCAGGAAAUAAUAAAUCAUUUGAGCCCCUCCCACUCCUGCUUAGCGGGCAUGAUACAGAUCCAACACAGUUUAAAAAUAAAAACAAAAAAUGCCUUUAGUGAUCUGUGUAUGUGUGUGCAUACCUGCUUGUGUGUGUGUGUAUUUGUACUAGGCUUUACAGCCUGUGUGUGUGUGUGUUUGAGAUGUGGAGGAUGGGUGUCAGCACCUUAGUCUUUGCACAGUGCUAUAAUCUAUGUAACUCUUUAUGUUGUACAUUGUCCUCCAUCAGUACGGUGGAGCCUCAUGGCCUUAGGUUACACAUGAGUGGGGGGGGUUGUAUCAGCUGCUAAAAUGUGGAGCAGAGUUCAGUUAACUUCAAGAAACAUGAAAAAGGGGGAUGAUAUGCAUAUAGUUAAGACUGUAAAUGCUGCUGCCGAGCUACCAUUGUACAUGUCACAAAACUAAUAAAUAAAUUGUCUGUA